GGUAUAGUGCAACCUAAAGCCCGGUGUUGGGUUAAAAUAGUCACUACACAAAAACAGAACGUGAAACAUGAAUUUUUACAAGCUGUGUGUCGCUGUAGGAUUAUUAGCCCUUUUACAUGCAGCAUAUUCAGCAGCGCAACAUAGAUCAUAUCUGCGCCUUACAGAACAGGAAUUUACAAGUCUGCCCUGGGAUAUACUUAUACAGUGUUUACUGUCGCUGUUACUUGUAAUACAUGGAGUAGUACAUAUAGCUGGAUCAUUCCGUGAGAUACGUGCCAGUGCAGAUCUCGAUCAUAAAACCUGGGAUAUGCUUGGAAACAGACAAGGAUUUUUAUCAUUUAACCAUCGAGGGAAAGCUUUAUAUAGGGAAUCAUCAGGUGAAUGAACCAUUCACAUCAUUAUAAACUUUUGACACUUGACUGUGUUCCAUCUUUUCAUGAAGAAGUGAAUGUAUUAUGUAGAAGUAUAGGGAAAGAAAGAACGGCAGUUUAGCACCACAUUUUGUUACUAAAUUAGUCAAGGUCAAGUCACUAGUGUGUCUGAUUCUGAAUGCCAUGAGCAACAGAAAAAGUCCAGAAGAAAAUAAGCAUGCAUGUGAAAUAGAUAAAAUACAAUGAAAGAAAAAAGGUUAUACUUGACAAAACGUUUUAUCUUAAAAAGUAGGAAUAUUGUACAGUAAGCAACUGUAGCAAAUUUAUUACUUUUAAGAAGGACCUGUUUAAAGCUAUCAAUUAUGCAUUCACAUUUCACAUGUAUACAUUGUAAGUCAACAAGUAAAUAUCUGAUUGUGAUCUUUUAAACUGUGAAAGAAAGAUUCAAGAAUAUUUUUAUUGGUGAAAAUUGAAUAUACAACCACAGACUUAUGUUCAGCACUAAAGGUAUUUCCUAGAAUUUGUUUCUGUGGACAGAUUUUUUUAUUUAAGAAAUAAUAUAUCUCAUUUAGUGAUUUGUUGCUGAAUAAAUCAUUGUUUUUGAGUUCAGAUGUGAAGGAAUUAUAUCAUGAGGGCGCAGCCCAAGUGAUACAAUAAUACACAUCUGAACGACAAGCAAUCACUUUAUUCAAGAGCAAAUCACUAAAUGAUACAUAUUAUUUCGAUUCUAACAUGUUACCAAGGACUUUAAAGUACAUCCUUGACGGCAUUCAUUAAAUAUUUGCCCAUUUUCAAUUGGUUUCUUUUCCAGUGCACCGCUAUGCCAUUUGACGCUAUGAUGUAAUAAUUGUGAUGUCAGAACAGAGAAUUGUUUUAUAAUAAUUCACUGUUUUCAGCCUUCUUCGUUUAAUAGGAAAAUGAAUUGGAUCGUGUUAGAAUUUUACAUAAUUAUUUUUACUUCAUUAUAUAACUGCCUAUGGGCCUAGUGGUAGAGUGCCCACUUUGAGUGUGGAGGUUGUGGGUUCGCUCCCUGGCCGCGUUGUACCAAAGACAUGAAAAAUGGUACUCGUAGCUUCCUCACAUGGUGAUCAGCAUUAAUAGGAUAGUUCUAGGACUUGUAAGCCCGAUAUCAGUAUAAUGUAACGUUUCUGUGGCAUGAUAUUUCAGUGAGUGAGGCAGCACUAUAAAGUUGGGCAUUGUGCUUACUGCUAAAAGUAGACACCAUGGUUUAUCAUUGAAGGUUCCAUGUUCACCGCCGUUUGAAUACAUCUGCGGAUGUCUCUUGCUUUUUGUACUUUUAGCAUGUGUAAAUGUUGAGUUCUGCUCAACCCGGGGCUAGAGGUAGUGGACGGUAGCAUGCAUUUCUACUACCGUCCAUGAACAGGCUCAAUCAAACCGAGCCUGCAACAUUUUCGUAUUUGUCGUGUUGAGCGACCUGUGAAGAUUCUACUUUUUCUAUUUUAUAUGACUGAAAAACUGUUGAAAAAGAUGCUAAACCCAAACACUUCAAUAUACAAACUAAUAUACACUAUCCAGUUCAACAAUUAUAAUGGGUACGUAACCAUGUUUGGUAUUUAGAUAUAUGAGAAAUAAAUUUCAUAACAGA